GGCUCUCCUCAACGCCUCGACGUUUGCCGCGGGCUGUGCGCGCUUGGCGUGCGUGCGUGCGUGAGUUGCGUGUGUGUGCGUGCGGGCUGUGGCGCGUGUACCGUAGUCGUCGUCGGGCUGCGCGAGUAGCGCGGCGCGGACCCUUCCACAGACAGCGCAAAACCCUCGCUUCGAAGACGACGUGCGUGUGCGUGUGUGUGCGCUAGAACGCGAGGAGUGCCGUCGCACGUCGGGAUGGUGUUCUGCGAUAAGUGCGAACUUUGCUAAAGUAAAAAGCAGAAAAGGAACAGAACUUCGUCGUUUUCUCGCUCCCUUCCUCGACUUAACUACUUUCUGCUGCCUGGAUUUACGGCGGGUACAUCGCGGCGCUCCGGCAAGUGGAGCAGCCAGCCCUUCGUGGUCGUCGGAUGCUUGCAAACACGGGUGGAGCCUUUGGAGGCGGAGCUGCGUGGCGUCGCCGCGGCCGCGUUGACCGAUGCGGCUGAGCCCUUUCGCGCCGUCAUGCCUGCUGCUGCUGCUGCUAGCCGCGCUAGCGCCUUCGGCGCACGCCAGAUGGGCGCCAGGUUCCUGGCGAGAGCAGCGGUCCGGUUCGGUGGGCCUGUCGUCCCGGAGUCUGCAUCGGCGUCACACGGGCGGCUCCGCGCCCGGCGGCGGCGUUCAGUCUCCGAACGAUGUGCCGCUGCCCACGCUGGCCACAGCCGCCCCGGACGUGGCCGUCACCACCACCACUGUCGCGGAAUCAGGACCGCGCAACGCCAGCAGGCCGCUGGCCAACGUGGACGCAUCGUCCACUGCCAACAAGUCCUCGCACCAAGGUGACCGGGCGGGCCUGCCGGCCGACCGGUGGUCUUCGUCAGGUCGAGACGACCCCCUGGCGACGGCCGUGGGUUCGUCGCACCGCUCGCCGCCCUCUCACGGCCCGGACGAAGUUGUAGGCGCCCCCGCGCACCAGACCGGAGUCGGGGACGUAGACCGCGAGGCUCAGUGCGCAGCCGAGCGCGAGCACGAGCACACCGAGGGCCACCACGGCGUGACGGUGGCCAGCAUCCGGUGGAACUUCGUCAGCGUGCCCUUCGUCUUCACGGUCUUCAUCAUACUCGCCGGUUUCACCAAGAUCGUUUUUCACCACGCCAACUUUCUCUCCUCCAUUGUGCCGGAGUCAUGUAUGCUGAUUCUCCUGGGUACAAUGGUCGGCGGAAUAGCACAUGUCACGCACUCGGACUACGUGCCCAACUUCUCGCCGGACUUGUUUUUCCUCUUCCUGCUUCCUCCAAUCAUCCUGGAGUCUGCAUAUUCUCUUCACGACAGUGCCUUCUUUAGCAAUAUCGGGACUAUCCUGUUGUUCGCAGUGCUGGGUACAAUAAUAAAUGCCUUCACAAUAGGUCCAAGUUUGUAUUUUUUGAACAACGUGGGAGCCAUCGGCCUCCCGAACUUGAACCUGCUCGAGUGCCUUGUGUUCAGCUCUCUCAUCUCGGCCGUUGAUCCCGUAGCCGUUCUAGCAAUAUUUCAAGAAGUCGGAGUCAACAAAGUAUUGUAUUUCUUAGUCUUCGGGGAGUCUCUACUUAAUGACGCCGUGACUGUCGUGCUGUACAACAUGAUGGUCGGGUUUUUCGGCAGCGACAUCACGGCCAGGGAAAUCGGCGUGGGCUUCGCUGCGUUCCUGUCGGUGAGCCUAGGGGCGUCGGCGAUCGGCUGCGUCAUGGGCAUGAUCACCGCCUUCGCCACCAAGUACACGCACGACGUCAGGGUGGUUGAACCUCUGGCCGUACUAGGCAUCGCCUAUCUGUCGUACCUCACCGCCGAGCUGGUCCACUUCUCGGGAAUCAUCAGCAUAAUCUGCUGCGGCCUUGUCCAAGUGCAGUACGCCAUGGGGAACAUCUCGCGAAAGUCUUACACGACAGUCAAGUACUUCACCAAGAUGCUCAGCGCCGUAUCCGACACGGUCAUCUUCAUCUUCCUGGGCAUCGUGUUGGUGAACAAGCGCCACGUCUGGAACACCGGCUUCGUCGUGUGGUCGGCCGCGCUGUGCCUCGUCUACAGGUUCCUCACCGUGUUUGGCCUUACAUAUUUUGUAAAUAUGCUCGGCCGUGUGAAGAAGAUCAACCUCGAGGAACAGUUCAUAAUGGCGUACGGUGGACUGCGUGGCGCCGUGGCCUUCUCCCUGGUGAUUAUGCUGAGCGCGUGCAAGUUCCACAACUACGAGAUGUUCGUCACCACCACCCUGGUCAUCGUCCUCUUCACCGUCUUCAUACAGGGCGCAUCCGUCAAGCCAUUGGUCAACCUGCUCAAGAUACGGCUGCAGCAGACUGACGGCGACAAGCUUAUCAGAGAGAUAAACAGCAAGCUGGUGGACAACAUCAUGCUUGGCAUCGAAGAAAUCACCGGUCAUCGAGGUGGAAAUUACUGGAAGCAAGUGAUGGAGCAGAUCGACGAGAAGUACCUCAAGCCAUUACUGCAGCACAAGUCGGCGCAGGACAGCCUGACGAGGGUCUACACCAAGGUGGUCCUUGCGGACCACUACGCCCACUUGUACGGCCCUGCAGCAGCCCUGGAAGAAAACAUACCCCUGAACAUACAGCAUUGCUCAGAUAUGGGAAGGUCCUUCGACGAAGGGAUGCUGGAUACUCUCACAGAGGAGCGCAUCGAAGAGGAAGCCGUGGCAGACGAGGAAGAGGAGAACGCCGAAGACGAAGACCGCGGCUUGCUCUUCCACGCAAACACGGACCGCAAGCCCUCCAUCGCCCCAGGACAGAACCAGAUAGCCCCCAGGCGCGUGCGGUUCUCACGAUUCGUUCCCCGGCUGACAAAAAGUUGCAACGACGCGGAUCAGGUACGCGCCGCGUCGCAAAGCGCCGAGGGCGGGACGGCAGAGAAGCGCAGGCACACGGUCGGGGCAAUGUUCUCGAGGUCCUUCCACCAGGACUCGGUCGAAGCCGAGGACCCAACCAAGCUCCUGGUGAAGGCACUCAACGAAAACCCCUACCACAAGUACCACCAGCGCUACAACCCGAACCUGGUGGGCGACGAGCACCAGGAGCUGGAGGCCCACUUGCGGGCUCGCCGUCGGCGUGCGCACCGGCUCACGCUGGCCACCAUGGCGAGCGAGAUGAGCUCGGCCGAGAUGAGCGUCGAGGGCAGCCGCGGCAACCUGGCGCCGCCGUCUCCGGGCGCCACGGUGCUCAGUCCCGUGACGGUGGGGGCCACGACUCCCGUCGGGGGAGGAGGGGACGUGGCGGCCACAGUCGCCGCCGCCGCCGCGCUGUCGGCAGGCGUCGAGCAGCUGGCCGACGGGCGGCCCCUGACCGCGGCGCAGUUCCGCCGCGCCUCCACCACGCUCCAGAAGAGCGCCUACACCUGGCUCAGCCUGGCACACCGGCGCCACUCCGUGAUGCGCCGCAACAAAGCAGGCUCCGUGGACGGACGCUCGCUCAGGUCCAGUCUGAAGCUUGAGCGCCAGAGUGCAGUGACAGAAGACGUGUCGGACGACAAUGCCGAACACGCCAAGAGCGAGUCGAGCUCCACACAGGCGCACUCACGCGAGGGCAGCCAGUCCUUGCAGCUGUCCUUGGCACAGCAGCCGCCUGACGUGCACGAACCCGGAGCUGAACCAGCAUCCGCUAGUGAGGACAGCAAGUCACCCGAAGAAAAGACUAAGGAGACGUCCUUCUAGUGUAAUGCUACCCAAGUCCUGACACGUGUUGCGGGCUUUGGCAACCCUUGUGGUCGUUGCGGAACUUGCCUUCCGUUUCGGACCGGGCGGAUGACGUUUCUCAGGCUCCAGUUGAAUGUUUGCUCGAGCCUUCCUUUCGGUACGAAGGUGGCAUGAGCUGCCGAGGAACAAGAACGGGUCAGGCCCUGUAAUGUGGCCAAAGCAGUUUUACCUUAACGCGUAAGGCAACGGCGAGCGAGCGACAACUUCACCCGCAUCAGCUGGAGUCCCCUCCAUUUGGCUAUGCUUUCGGUACUGUGGCGACACUGAAUUCUUCCAGCUGCUACAAAACUGGAUUCUCGUGUUUUAAGUAGACGACCCUGGGAAGGCCAUCGACAUUAUGCUAGCAAACAUCACACCCGGUCACACUUCUCGGGCGAGAGCAGUGUGUAUGAGGUCACAGGUAAAGGGAUUCGUGGCUCAUCCACUGUUUUCCAAUGUGUCAUGCUUGUGUUUAGGCUUUCUUUUUGUUUACGAGGCAGUAUUUUUGAUGUCUACCAGAAAUCACUAGGUCUCAUCAGACUGUGCUCAUCGUCAAUUAUCUUCAUUUCCCUCAUCUGCAGAACUUCUUCCCUGUAAUGAACUCUCUCUCACAAUAUGUGCAGAAGCGAGAUGCACUAUCAGGUGCUGCACUGCAUCAUCUUUAUUACACAAAGUUAAAGAUCCACAUUACAAAGUUAAAGAUUGCACUCUAGCGUGAAACAACGAAUAAGUGCUGCAAGUUCGAUGAAAGAAAUUUCCGCGCAGUUUCGUCUGCGCUGAUGAAAGCGGAGCUUGGUGUCCGGUUGUCGAAGCAAGGAAUGGGAGGACGUAACAGCUUUGCACCUGUCGUUACUGAAGAUGCUUGUGCAAUCUUCUUGGCUUCCAGCUAAUUGCAUCUUUGAAGUGGGAACUUGGCUCUGCUCCAGAGCACAGAGCUGUCAUGUAGUUUUAUGACUGCUCCUCUCGUUAUGUCGAGGGGUGCAGUCCCCACUUCAGUUUGUUACAAACUUUAGCGAAAUCCCCCCUCCUCAAGGUGAGAGAGUGCAAACGGAAGCCAGGCUUCUGAUCUGGAGGACUUAGGACCACUAUGCGAGCGACAAUAUGCCUUGUUAAACUUUCAUCCCGAAACCAGCGCGAGGUCUGGCGCGUCGUUUGAAACCGAACUGAAAUUGCGCACAGAACGCGUCAUCUGCUGUAGUUCAAUCAAACUUUUUCAUAGGAGCUAGCAGAGAUCUCUAUAGGCUAAUUGAAACUUUUUGCAAACCUAGGAAAGAGUGUAUUUAUUGAAACUAGAGUAUAUACAUAGGCUGUGGGGAGCAACGUGUGGUCCAACACAGAGGAAGAAGAGGCUAUCUAUAUACAUAACGGAUGCUAUCAGCAAUACCCCAGAAGACCAGCGUGUCCAUUGGCGCGCGUUUCUAGGUUCCCAGGCAAGUCUGUGUUGGUGUUUGCCACCCUCCUACAUGCCUACCGUCAAUUAUGGUUAUUAAAACCCCUAUGUGCACACGCACACACACACAUACUUGCACAGACUGCAUAACAUUCCAAGUCAACAUUAACCCAGGUGAAAUCAGAUCAGUGGUGUGUGUCUGUGUGUGUGCAUCCCUCCACGUGCUUGUCACUUUUCAAUUUUAAGUGUUGGUUUGUUAUGUAUAUAAAAUCAUUAAAGUUUUCUAUAUACACACAA